GACAAGGUAGAUCGUCUGCCAAGGCUGUGGAAGCGCUCGCCCCCAAAAUAUUAUCAGUGCAAUACAAAGUCUUCCCAGCCUUUUGCACAGUAUCAUUUCAGCGCAUCGCCGCGCAGCCAGUAUACUUGUGGAUCAUCUUGUCUUCAUGGCCAACAAAACGGCUCAAGCCGAAAUCUUCGAGAUGAGCUCGAAACAGGCUCGGCCCAAGACUGGUGGCUAUACGCCAGCAGUUCGCAUCAGCACGCAUACACACAAUAUCCUCGUGGCCUGUAGCCUAAUCGUCCUACCUAUGAUCAUAUUCACCUCCGUGGCCCUGGCCUUCGUUUUCUCCAACACAGUCAGCAAUCAAGGCUGUUCCUUUGAUGACUUAUGCCCCACAGCAGGACUCAUCAACACCACAAGCAGCAACUACUACUAUGUGGAUUUUUCGGCGACGAGUCUUGUGUUCAUAUCAUCCUGGUCAUCCACUAUCAGCUUUGCGCUGGUUGGCGUUCUGAUGAGCAUGUACGCCUAUUCUAUUGCGGCCGAAAUGCUUCACCGACCCGACUUCUCACCACAGCACGGAAACGCUAUGAGCCCAUAUCAGUUGAGUCUGGUAAUAAGGGUCUUGAACGCGGAGAUCUUCAGCUUAUGGAACCUCGUACAACCCUUAGGCCGCAAGACUCUACGCAAGACCAGUGGCCAGGAAUACCACCAAGAAGUCAGCUCUCGUCCACUGCGAAGAUCACUUGUAGUCUUCGGUCUCGCGCUCUUUGGAUGUGUAUGCAUACAGGCGGCCGAUACCUACUUGCAUCUUGCAACAAAAGCAGUCAAUGUACUCCACGCUGUGCCGCAGCAGAUGGAGCAGCAUCGGCUGAGUAAGAGAAUAGGCGACUGGUGUCUCGACACCGAGACUACCUUUGGCACGCAAGCUAACAUCAACUUUUGGGGUUGCGGGCUAUACUGGAACGAGACUGCUCAAGUGGUAGCACCUACAAACGUAACUCUGUUUCAUCGUAUCAUAGGUGAGCCUCUGGAAGACUAUACGCUCAACUAUACCGAGAGUGAUGGGACCCAGUAUGCCAUCGUAGGACCUUCCGAUGUCUCGCCCCAAACAGACUGGGCAGCAGCGUCCUUUGCUGUGAGUUCGAAAUGCAGCGUGAUCCCACAAGCGGGAUGCAAAGUCUUUGGAGGUCCUCGCAAUUUCGGGUUCUCCUGCCAGGAGAAGAAUGGCGCACCAAUGGACUUUUUGGGCAAUAUGACAGACGGGUUUUACUCAGUCAACUUUGGCAAGUUCCAUACAUACUUGGAAGAGAUGCCACCAUUCCUUAGUACAUUUAGCUCAGGGGUGAAUGGCCUGGGCGAAGUCAACGAGACUGCACCCAAUGUUACGAGCAAUGACGCGCAACAGUUGUGGAAAAACCCAUGGCUAUGGCACGCUGAAGUGAGUCUGUUAGCUGAUGAGAAGGAUCUGCCACGCGAUAUCACAGAGACAGCCUGGUUUCUCGAUGGCCUCGGGCACAAGAUGGUGGUGAACUGUUCAUCGACGGUGUAUGACGUGACCUACACAGCUGUUGGCGGCAGAGUUAGAGCCAUGACGAAAACACCCAGUAAUGGAACAACAACCGGCAUCAUUAUUAUGCCUCUAGUCGAGACUUUUGGCUUUUCCCAGAAUCUGCAUGACAGCGCCAUGUACCGGGCUAGUCAGGCAUCCUCGGUACAGUCGUGGCUUUCGAUAUACGAACUCGAGAUGAGCAAAUCAUUCACUGUCCCUCUAGUUGUUCACACAGUCCCCGACAGUGGUAUUCGCGCCCAGAAACGCAUCAGCAAAGUCAUUGCACGCGUCCCCGUCGCAUCGUUGUGGUUGCUUGUGCUGUCAAACCUUGCAUUUGCCGUUCUGGCCGUUAUUGUUGCGGUAAUUGCGUUGAAAGCUGCCAAUGGCGACGUGAAUCAGGUGCAUCUGCGACUAGGCGUAUCGGGUCUGGUUGCUGCGUUGUUUGAGCCAGAUGCUGCGAGGAGGAUGGCAGAUGGGGAAAGCGAGCUCUUUCAGGAGAACGAGGAAGGAGCAGUCGUGCGGACUGCGAUUACAAUUGAGAAAACGGCAGCUGGGGGUGUGGCGUGGAUCACUCAUCGGGGAAAUGCACCGGCCCAACAGAGCGUUGUGCCGCGCCAUUCAGAGACAAGCAUCAGUUACCAGCCUCUGACGCUGGCUGGACUGGGUGAUAUCAGUAGGCCUUUGUUGGACAAUGAGGGGAGACGAUGAUGUGGUAUCAAUUUAGGAGCUUUGGAGAGAUACGUAGGCUGCCCAACAUGUGCUCUUGUGGCUCCGGUGUUGGGAACGGGGACGAGGUUGAUCUACCUGGAUCGAACUAAAAAUACAAUCAUCAAUUGAUUACUGCUGGGAGGUAGGUUCAGCAAUAUCUUAU